AUGGCAGAACUCAAGCCUACAGGCAGCGAGCCGCUUCUGAGCACCGGACAGACAACCGACAAGCUCGGAACAGCAGUUGAGAAACGAGAGUCAGAAUCCAGCUCAGAGAACAUUCCAGAGUCUGACUCCUCCGCCCAACAAGACACCGACGAUGACUCUGAUAGGGACUCCAAUUCCGGGGAAGACGAUGAGCCCAGCAAGAAAGCCGUCCAAAAUCUUUAUGAAGGCAAGAAGGAAUGCAACUGCUGCAUCAACUGGGUUGAGGAAGAACCAGAGAACAAGAAGGAGGCUGCGACCGGCACAGUCAUCACAGUUCGCCGCAACCGAGACCAUGAAAAGGAAAAGUCGCUUUCAUUACAUUCCAUCUUGGUGCACAGCGAGCAAUUGAAGGACACAUUGCGAGACGUCCUCCGCGGCACUGGUUCCGCCAUCACUUCUAGGGAUUUCGUUCUUGAGCGGCCUUUUGAGAACGUCUUUCACCAAUGGGCGGCGAUGACAGAAAUGUUUAAGAAGUCAGAAGACAAGGAAGAUUUGCAGCAUUUCAGGUUGCUUUACGAAGUCUUGUCCACAGAACUAGGCGACUUCUUCGACGAGGUGAACGACCUCCUGUCUAAUAGCUUGAUCACAUAUCCCCUUCUCUGGACAAUCUUUCCUCGUGGCGAGAUCUGUCUCGCCGCAGACGAUUUGGGACAGGCUGUUGCUGUGAGAGCUCGCAAUGGUGCAUACUCGAAAGAGGGUUACCGGCUCAAAUGCGACUUCAUCGACACGGAUGGCAAGACUUUUGGACUUGCAGGCACAUGCUUGGAAAUACCUUGCUUCAAGGACGCAGCAUCAAUAGCGAGCUUACCUGUCAGCCCUCUCAAGUACAACCCAGAGGCAGAGGGGAUCAAGGAAAUUCUGGUUCGUCGAGGAAGGCGCUUUGCAGAGCUCUCUGGCUUCCAUCACAAGAAGUGCAACGGUCAAGAGUGGUACAUUGGGCGCAAAGACGCUUGGCAGCCAAGAAAGUCAACCGGGCGUAUUAUCAUUGACCCCGAGACAUUCGACGAUAACAACCCUGCUAAGGCCGUGUUUCUGAGACCCUUGAGUUCAGACCAAAACGACGUGACUUCAUUUGCAAGAUCUUUCAAACUAGUCAGGGAUAGCGAGUUUUUUGUUGUGCGGAAGUACACCAAGUUCACUGUCGAUGAUGUCGGCGAAAUUGAAUGGAACGACACCUGCGCAUCGAACCUCAUCCUCCCCAAUGGGUACAAAGAUCUCUUGCUAUCUCUGGUUGAGGAGCAGAUGCUCGCUGAAGAUGGCUUUGAUGAUUUCAUCGAGCAGAAGGGCCAGGGCUUGGUUCUCCUCCUCAGUGGCGACACAGGUGUUGGCAAGACACUGACAGCCGAAGUCGUGGCCGAAAAGAUGCGCGCUCCUCUAUACGCAGUCAGCGCUGGCCAACUGGGAUUCGAUGCCGAAGAGCUUGAGGCAAGGCUGAAGCUAGUGUUAGACAUCGCGUCUAAGUGGGACGCUGUACUGCUACUCGACGAGGGCGAUGUCUUUCUUGAGAAGCGGACGACAUCUGAUCUUCAUCGCAAUAGAUUGGUCUCCAUCUUCCUUCAACUUUUAGAAUACUACGCAGGCACUCUGAUCAUUACCACAAAUCGCGCUGCAGUUAUUGACGAGGCAAUUAAGUCGCGCAUUCACAUCAACAUCAGGCUUCCCGGGCUGACUAUCGAGGCCCGCAAGAGCCUUUGGGAGAAUCUGCUAAAGGAGAACAAGAUUAAGCACGGUCUUAUCGAGGCUGACUUCCAGUCAUUGGCAGAGGUUGAUGUCAAUGGAAGGGAGAUUAAGAAUGCUCUCAAGUCAGGCAUACUCAUGGCACGUAAAGCAAAGAAGCCUGUAUCGAUGACUCAGCUGCGGGUUGUUUUAGACAUUCUCACAGCAUCGAAGACCACUUAG